AGAAGGAUCACGGAAGUCGACUUGGUGUAGGCGGAAGAGAAGGCCUGGGCCUGUGAUGCAGAGUCGCUGAGAGCUGCGAAGGGGAAAUUUUGGUCAAGGCAGGAUCUGAGGAGAUUUGGGUAUACAGGGAACACCCUGAAGCGCAAAUAGGAGACACACAGAUUAUCUAUUACGAAAGAUUGCCUUGCACUGCCCUUCCUCUCUCAAGACUCUGUUUGGCCAGCCAAGCUCAGCCCAACUCAGUAAAGCCCAGCCCAGCCUAGUCCAGUCCAGUCCAGGCGAGUGACCCUUCGUUGCCGCCCACUCUCGGCUCUCUAGACACAGGCUCUUCCAGAUCCCUUGGACCCUCCCUUCCACCGGAGUUUGUCCAGCCUCCCCUCUCCUCCCCUGGGGUUAGCCCUUCUCUGCACACCAUGGCGGGUCGUGGAGGACCAGCACGGACCAAUGGGGCGGCCGCGGGCAACAAGAUAUGCCAGUUCAAACUGGUUCUACUAGGGGAGUCUGCUGUGGGCAAAUCCAGCCUGGUGCUGCGCUUCGUCAAAGGACAGUUCCACGAGUACCAGGAGAGCACCAUCGGAGCUGCGUUUCUCACACAGACUGUUUGUUUGGAUGACACGACGGUAAAGUUUGAGAUCUGGGACACGGCAGGACAGGAGCGUUAUCACAGUCUGGCCCCAAUGUACUACAGAGGCGCGCAAGCGGCCAUCGUAGUCUACGACAUCACCAACACAGACACAUUCACUCGUGCGAAGAACUGGGUGAAGGAGCUGCAGAGACAGGCCAGCCCCAACAUAGUCAUUGCGCUGGCAGGGAACAAGGCUGACCUCGCCAACAAGAGAGCCGUAGAUUUCCAGGAAGCACAAGCCUAUGCAGACGACAAUAGCCUGCUCUUCAUGGAAACUUCUGCCAAAACUGCGAUGAACGUCAAUGAGAUUUUCAUGGCCAUAGCAAAGAAACUGCCGAAGAAUGAGCCACAGGGCGGAGCUGGAGCCGGAGGACGCGCAAGGGGCGGAGUCGACCUUCAGGAGGCGGCCCCUCAGAGCAGAAGUAGCCAGUGCUGCGGCGGCGGGAACUAACUAAUCGACCAAUCACAGGCCAGCGAUAACAAAAUGACCGAGAGUAUCAAGAGACACACCAACAGACAGUAUCAGUGGAUAUACACACACAUACACCCAUCAGUGUGAAUCAUCAGUUUGAAAUGACUGUCAACCGAGUCCACACACACACACAAAAAAAAACCAACCAUUUUGUAGACUAUAGAUGUAAGCCCAACCCCACAUAUCUGUACACACUUCAUGACCACUCCAAAACCUCCUUAUAUGCAGUGGGAUAUUGUCAGACCAGUAAACUAACUGCCUGAGUUUAUGAAUUGAUCUUUUGAUAUUGAAAGUGACAGUGACAGUGUCUGCAUAGUCUGUGACUGACUGUCCAAGAAACCAAUGCAUAAACCAGCCCAGCCGACUGUCUGUACAGAGCACACACAGUUCCAGAAUCCCAUCCCAUCACACACACACUUGUUAGAUUUAAACUGUCAACGUUGCAAAAACCAACACAAACAGAAAACACAAUUCCCGCUCCAUUGUGGAACUGUGAAUAAUUGGAACCAGUCGCACUUAAGGGCCUAGUGCCCUUCUCAGUGUUUGUCUCUGUCCUUUAAAGAGAAAAGAAAAUCACAAAAAAAAACACAGCUGAAAGGAAUAACAGACGCCCUCCCUUCCUCCCUCCCUCGCUCCCUUGCUUUCUCUCUCUCCAUCUCUCUCAAUCUCUUGCCUUCUGUCAUUCGUUCUCCCUCCAUUUUGCCACAGUAUUUCAAUGAUGUUUUAAACUACCCUCAGAUCUUCCCAGCCACCCCUCAUUUCUCCUGGGUGGGUGCAUGUAGCCAAAAUGAUUGCUCUUUCCUUUUCCUCUUUUUUUUUUUCUCCCUUUAUGUUCCCAUGCGGGAUGAGAAGAACGGAGAGUGUUUGUGUUUUGUAAAUGAUUAUUCACGGGAGAGGGACAGAAGAUGGUGGGGGUUGUUUUUUUUUCCUUUCAGGUCUUGUAGAUUCUGUAUUAUGUCAUUGUCUUUAUUAAUGUUGUUAUUAUGAUUAUCUUUGUCGUCAUACUACUACUACUACAUUUAGCACAAACAAAUGGAAUAUGAUUUCAUAGGCUAGACCCUCUUUAUAUUUGUAUGUGUUCUGUUUUCCCCCCAAUCAAUUUCCCAGAUAUCCAACUAUAUGCAUAGUGCAUUAACACUUGUUAUUACACAAACGACAUCUAGCAUUAAUGAGCUGUCUUUUGUUUGUUUUUUAAUCAUUCAGAUAUGAAAUUACAGAUGUGAAAUUGAAUUAACAGCAUACGUAGUCAGACCAGAUUUCUUUUCUCUUUGACCAAAAUCACGAUCAUGUGUAUUGAGAAAAAAAAAUAUGAUGUAUUUGUACAAUGUAUUUUUGAACAGCACUUUACACCUGAAGGGCCCAGCCACAAAGUAUUGAGGCCUCCAUCAUUGAGUUUCACACCACACCUUCAUAAGACCCACAUAAACAUUAAAACCGUGAUAACUGAUCAUCGACAUGAGGUGCCAUGACAUUCUGAAUGUCAGGAAUAUAAGACACUUUUGACAGUUUGGUUUGAAGUAGUCACCAUUGUUCAUGUUCUACCAAUGAACAUGUACUAUAUUGCUUGACAAUACAUAGGAUAGCUUUUGUGUCGAGACGCCCUUCAAGUAAAGUGCUACUGUAUUUUCUUUCUCCUCUUCAUACAUGUAACCAAUCAGUAGUAAUUGUCAAUACAGAACCUUCCCAAUAUAAAAUACUGUCAUCCUCAACUUUUUUUCCUAUGGAGAAAAGAUUCCUCUACUUCCGAGGUCUGUGGUAUUGAGUGCUCUUGGUCUAUCAGGCCCACCAUGGUUUUUGUUUUUCUGUUUGUCUCUUUUUUUACUUUUCUUAUUGGGAGGGAUUCUUCUGAAUGGUGUUGUCGGUGUCUCUUGUGGCAUCUCUGACUAGCACAAUGAUCUUUGAUCUUUUGUUUUUGUUUGUUUGUUUUCGUUUUGGGUUUUUUUUUGAGAAGGGGUAUGGGAGAAUGGCAGAAAAGGGGUGUGGGGGGGAUGUGAUAAAAACCGCUUAUUGUAAUUUUACCAAUAAACAUGGGGAAAGGUAA